ACAAAUAUGGAAACUACAGAAGAAUUUCCUUUUCCUUUCCCUCCGUAUCCAAUACAAACUCAGUUUAUGAAAGAGUUAUAUAAAUGUUUGGAAAAUUCUAAGUUAGGAAUCUUUGAAAGUCCAACUGGUACUGGUAAAUCCAUGUCAAUUAUUUGUGGUGCUUUAAAAUGGUUACUUGAUUAUGAAGAACUGCAAAAAAAUGAACUGGCAAGUGAAAUUUCUGAACUUGAUGAACAAAUUAAACAAUAUAUUAACUCCACUGAUAAUUGGUUUUCUGUACAAACUCAACAAAUAGAAUUAAACCGCAAAAGGCAAGCGUUACAAACAAAAUUAAACGACAUUAUUCAGUAUGAGCAAAAAAAGAAUAGUCUGAAAGAAAAAACAAAAAGUAUAAGUAGUAAGAAAAAGGAUUCAUCUACUAAAUUUGCAACAAAUUUUGCAAAGGACAGAAGUGAAAUAGACAAAAAUUCAGUUGAUACAAAUAACGAAAAGGGAAGUAUUGAGGAAGAAUUACUUUUAGAAGAUGUUGAACAUUCAGAAAGUACUGAAGAUGAAGACAAAGAAGAAAUUUAUGAAAAUAUAAAAAUUUUCUUUUGCUCUAGGACCCAUUCUCAACUAUCUCAAUUUAUAGGAGAACUCAGGAAGAGUCCUUAUUCAAAAAAUGUAUCUGUAAUAACAUUAGCAUCUAGGCAAAAUUAUUGCAUUAAUAAAAAUGUAAAAAAAUUGAAACAUUUAAAUUUAAUAAAUGAAUGCUGUUUGCAAUUACAAAGGAAAAAGACAACUGCUAAGGAUGAAAAAGAUCUUAAAAGGAAGAAAAUGACAAGUAGUUGCCCUUUUGUGCCAGGAAACCAAGAUUUACUAAUAAAAGAAAGCUUAAUGCAGAUUCAGGAUAUUGAAGAAAUUGUGCAAAAAGGAGAAAAUCUUAAAACUUGUACGUAUUAUGCAUCAAGAAAAGCUGUUUCAUAUGGUCAAUUAAUACUGGUGCCAUACAAUACCAUAUUGCAUAAGAACACUAGAAUUAGUUCAGGAAUAAAUUUAAAAGGAAAUAUAUUAAUAAUUGAUGAAGCACAUAAUUUACUUGAAGCCAUUGAAAAUAUGCAUAGUGUUAUAAUUACAGGCAGAAAUUUAUUGCAUUGUUAUAGUCAACUUUCCCAGUAUCAAAAAAGAUUUCAAACUUCAUUCUCAGCAAAAAAUAUUCUAAGCUUAACUCAGUUGAGCUUUUGUUUGAGAAAACUUAUAACAGUUUUGGGGGCUACUAUAAAAUCAAAUCCUAAUGAUGUUAUAAAUAUAGAAGCAUCUCCAAAAUUAUAUAAAAUAGAAGAAUUUGCAAUUAUGACAAACAUUGAUACAGUAAAUAUGUUUGAAUUGUUGAAAUUCAUUAAAAAUUCUCGACUGAGUCAUAAAUUACAAGGUUUCAUAGAACAGUAUGACACAAAUUUAAAAAUUCAUAAUUAUAAUACAAAGACAUGUGGUGUAAAACAGUUUUUAAAUUCAAUUAAGACAAAAAGCACAGAGUCUGAUACAAUCACAGACAUUCAAUUAGAUGAAGAUCGCUCAAAUAAUCCAAUAAUGACAAUUAUAAGUUUCUUAGAAUGUUUACGAAGCAACUGUAGUGAUGGACGCAUAUUUAUUAUUCCAGGUCCAACUGUUGGACAAAGUAUCAUAAAAUUCCUUUUAUUAAAUCCAGCAGCGCACUUCCAUGAUAUUAUUCGAGAUGCUAGAGCUGUAAUAUUAGCUGGUGGAACAAUGGCACCAAUGAAUGAAUUUAUAGAUCAGUUAUUCAUAGCAGCAGGUGCUUCAUCUGAAAGAAUUGUCACAUAUUCAUGUGACCACGUAAUUCCUGAAGAAAACAUAGUAUGUAGCAUAACAACUCAUGGCCCAACUGGUAUUGAAUUUGAAUUUAAUUUUCAAAAUCGAGAAAACACAAAAUUGUUAGAUGAAUUAGGGAGGGCAUUAUUAAAUUUAUGUAAUAUUAUACCAGCUGGUAUUAUAGUAUUUUUACCCUCCUAUAAUUUUGAAGAAUUAAUAUAUAAACAUUUAGAAAAUUCUGGUAUUAUUAGGAAACUGUCUUUAAAGAAACAUAUUCUUCGAGAACCUAAAUCAGCUUCUCAGGUACAUGAAAUUUUAAAAGAAUAUUCACUUCACGUAAAAAAUCCAAGAAGUUCACAGAAUGGAUCACUAUUGUUUAGUGUGGUGGGAGGAAAAUUAAGCGAAGGAUUAAAUUUUUCUGAUGAUUUGGGAAGAUGUGUUAUAGUUGUGGGAAUGCCUUAUCCUAAUAUCCAAUCAUUGGAAUUACAAGAGAAGAUGAAAUAUUUAAACGAAAAUAUUAAAUCAGAUGCUGGUCAAAAUUUCUAUGAAAAUUCAUGCAUGAAAGCAGUAAACCAAUGUAUUGGACGAGCUAUUCGACACAUUAAUGAUUAUUCAACAGUAAUAUUAUUAGAUAAACGCUAUAGUUAUAAAAUAAAAGCACUCCCACAGUGGAUUCAACGUACAUUAAUCAUUCAUAAAAGUUUUGGUAGCACAAUUGGUGCUAUAUCUAAAUUUUUCAAUAAAAAAAAAAUUAAAUCCAGUAAAAAAUAACAUAAACAGAAGAAAAGAUAUAUAAACAUUAUUAUAUGUAUUAUUAAUUAUUUACUGUUACUAUUACAUUUAUUAAAAGUAAGUUUUGUUAACAUAGGUAUAAAAUCUUGCAUAUAGUUCCUACAUAUAAUUUGCAAGAUGCACUUCAAACUUAUAUGUCAGAUCAUGAUAAUAAACUUGACCAGGAUAUAAUAUA